UUCUCCCUCUACUCCUCUCUACCAGUGUACCUAUAUAAAGAUGGCAAUGGGCAUGCCCUCUACAGCUGAAAGAGCUAAACUACCACACACACACACAUCCUACGCAUCUUCUCGCAGCCAUCUUUGUGGAAGCAAGGCGGGCAACAUCGUGUGGCUAGCCAGCAAGAGGGAGAGAAACAAGCACAAGUAUGGCCUCAAAACCUGGCCCUCUGAGUCGCUGGCCAUGGCAAGAUCUUGGAAACUACAAGGAAACGCAAUUAAUUAUGGUGGAUGAACGAAGAAGAAGAAGAACAAGAAAUGGCUGCUUCUUGCACUGCAUGUUAAGUUACGCGCUGGUGGCUCCAUGGGCGGUGCGCAGCACGUACAGGUUCGUGAGGAGCGGGAGCGGGGAGCGGGACCUGCUCGCCUUCGCCGUGCUGCCGGUGCUCCUCCUCCGCCUCCUCUACAGCCAGCUCUGGAUCACCGUGUCCCGCCACCAGACGGCCCGGAGCAGGCACAGGAUCGUCAACAAGAGCCUCGACUUCGAGCAGGUCGACAGGGAGAGGAACUGGGACGACCAGAUCCUGCUGACGGCGCUGCUCUUCUACGCGGUGAACGCGGCGGUGCCGGUGGCGCAGUCGGUGCCGUGGUGGGACUCGAGGGGGCUGCUGGUGGCGGCGCUCCUCCACGUGGGUCCCGUGGAGUUCCUCUACUACUGGCUCCACCGCGCGCUGCACCACCACUACCUCUACGCCCGGUACCACUCGCACCACCACGCCUCCAUCGUCACCGAGCCCAUCACAUCGGUGAUCCAUCCGUUCGCGGAGGAGCUGGUGUACUUCACCCUGUUCGCCAUCCCGCUGCUCACCAUGGUGGGCACCGGCACCGCCUCCGUGGCCGUGGCCAACGGCUACCUCGCCUACAUCGACUUCAUGAACUACCUCGGCCACUGCAACUUCGAGCUCGUCCCCAGGCUGCUCUUCGACGUCUUCCCUCCCCUCAAGUACCUCAUGUACACGCCAUCGUUCCACUCGCUGCACCACACGCAGUUCCGCAGCAACUACUCGCUCUUCAUGCCGCUCUACGACCACCUGUACGGCACGGCGGACAAGUCAAGCGACGACCUGUACGAGCGCGCGCUGCAGGGCCGCGCCGGGGAGGACGCGCCCGACGUCGUCCACCUCACGCACCUCACCACGCCGGCCUCCCUCCUCCGCCUCCGCCUCGGCUUCGCGUCCCUCGCCGCCGCGCCGGCGCCGCCCGCGUCCCGCUACGGCGCCGGCAGCAGCAGCAGCAGCAGCAGCAGCCUGGCGGCGGUGGCGUGCCCGCUGGCCGCGCUCCUCGGCUGGACCCGGACCGCCUUCAGGUCCGAGGCCAACAGGCUCCACAAGCUCAAGCUCGAGACGUGGGUCGUUCCAAGAUACACCUCUCAGUACCUGUCCAAGCAAGGCCUGUACGCAGUGGGGCGUGUGGUGGAGAAGGCGGUGGCGGACGCGGAGGCGAGUGGCGCGAGAGUACUCACGCUGGGUCUACUGAACCAGGCAAACGAGCUGAACAAAAACGGCGAGCUGUACGUCAUCAGGAAGCCCAGCAUGAGGACCAAGAUCGUCGACGGGACAAGCCUGGCCGCCGCCGCCGUGCUCCACAUGAUCCCUGAGGGCACCGACGAGGUGCUCCUCCUGGGAGACGCCGGCGGCAAUAAGAUGGCGGGCGUGCUGGCUUCGGCGCUCUGCGAACGCGAGAUUCAGGUUCACGUGGUCGACAAGGACCUGUACGAGUCCGUGAAGCAGCAGCUGCGCCCAGAGACGCACGAGCAUCUCCUCCACCUCGCUGAGUGGUGGAGUCACAGCGCCAAGACGACCAAGGUAUGGCUCGUCGGCGACAGGCUGACGGGCGAGGAGCAGAGGAGGGCGCAGGGCGGCGCCCACUUCGUUCCCUACUCGCAGUUCCCUCCUGGCGCCGUCGUCCGCGCCGACUGCGUCUACCACAGCACCCCGGCGCUGGUGGUGCCGGACGCCUUCGAGGACCUCCACGCAUGCGAGAACUGGCUGCCGCGGAGGGUGAUGAGCGCGUGGCGCGCGGCGGGCAUCGUGCACGCGCUCGAAGGCUGGGACGCGCACGAGUGCGGCGCCAGGGUCACCGGCGUCGACAAGGCCUGGCGCGCCGCGCUCGCCCACGGCUUCCGCCCCUACGACCGCUAUGGCGCCAACUAAUACGUGAAGUGACCAUUACGAACGACGACGACUACGAAGCGUACCUGUGCAUGGAAUGAUGAGUAGCAUCUAUCUAUGAAGACGAGGAAAAAAACACUUCUUUGUUUAUCGUUCAAGAUGCAAAAAGAAAAACAAAGAUUCGUCUUUGACAGUUCACACCACGGCCCAUACUGCUCUUUCACGUAAACCGGGUGAAUUCCGUGUACGUACGGUACGUGUGUGUACUACCCUACAAUUAAUUACUACUAGUUGGGCCAGGUCCGGCAAGGCGGCAACGAUCACAGAGUCCUCAGCGGCCCAUGGUAAAACCCAAACCGCUGGUUCCAAACAAUUCACGGAGCGGGAAGGACGGGGACGGACACCUGGCUCGCCCGACUGGCCCCGAACUGUCUAUCAGUCUCUCGCUCAAAGUCAAAACCGGCAUCUUUGACCCAUCCUCCGUCCCUUCCCUUUCGCGGGAAGACGUCGAUAUAGUCGAUCACAGCCAUUCGUGUGGGAGUGGACGACGCAGAUGGACCAGUACCGCAUGUCUCCAACCCAACUCGAGACGCUCCGCCGAACCAGGGUAGUGGUGGUGAGUUGGGUGUCGUGGGCGAUUGUGUUGGAAAUCAUACUCUGGUCAGUAAGUAAGAGUAGUAAUUAGAUGGUUGUCUGUUGCGGUUCAGCUGUCCAAGAGCAGUGAGUUUGUUGAUAGGUGGUUGCAUUUAUCCUGACAGGCUGUUUGUGAGUAGCUCAGAAACAAGAAAAAAAAGAAUAUAACAUGGGCUGAAAAGGUGUCCGUAUGUGUUAUUCUUGUUUA